GUGCCGUCGUACGCGUAAAAAUGUCUUGAUCGGACAAGGUCGGUCGACGUCGACGCCCAUUCAUUUACCCUCGAAUCUCGUGUGCAAAGUCUCGCGCGCGCACAAGCCAACUAGCGAUCGCGCGCGCAUGAGACAUGAGAGCGAGGUCACGUCGCAUUCCUUCACCUUGGAUCCAUCGUGCUCCCCACGUCCCCGGGCCAUGCCGCUCGCCCGCCCGCUUGCUUUAAACCACCACGCAACCCCGGCCUCUCCAACCAGUCUCAACUGCCUUAUCCAUCGAUCUGCAGUCGCGGACAGCACUAGCUAGCUGGGCGAUUACAUCCCUUCCAUCUACAUCCAACGCCGAUCAUGGCCGCCUUGCCGCAGCUGCUUCCGAUCCUCUUCCCCGCGGCGGUUUCCGUCCUCAUCCUGCUGCUCGCCUCGGCGCCGCCCGCGCGGGCCUCGUCGGCGACGUACCGCUGCGGCUGGUGCCCGCGCAGAUCCACCGUGUCCAUCCUCCCUCCCGGCGCCGGCGCACUUACCGGCGCCGCCUGCGGGUAUGGUGGCCAGGCGGCGGAGAUGGCCGUCGACGGGGGGUUCCACAUUGCGGCCGUCAGCGCCGGUUUCUUCCGCGGCGGCCAGGCCUGCGGCGCCUGCUACCAGCUGAGGUGCAGGGGCCGGAGCGCGUGCGCCAAGGAUGGCGUCAAGGUCGUCGUCGUAGGCGAAGUGGCGGACACGAACAAGACUGCAGCUGGCCGCUUCCUGCUCACCAAGGACGCCUUCGCCGUCAUGACCACGCUAGACCGUGGCGGCGAGCUCGCGGACGCAGCCGUCGACGUGGACUUCAGGAGGAUUCCCUGCGUGUACAAGAGCAAGAACCUGGCGGUUAAAGUGGAGGAGACGAGCAGCAGGGAGAGGGGCUACCUCGCCCUCCGCUUCCUCUACCAGGGCGGCCAGACAGACAUCGCCGCCGUCGAGGUCGCCCGGGCGGUCAACCACACCGACACUAGCAACGAGGCCGCGCCGUUGCCGACAUUGUGGCAGUACAUGACCCAGCGCGAGGCGUCCCCGUCUGUGUGGCGCACGUCGCGCGUGCCAGCCGGUCCGCUGCGGCUCCGGCUCGUGGUCACCGCGGGCUCCGGCGGCAAGUGGCUGCGCGCCGACGGGGCGGUGGUCCCCGCGGAGUGGCAGCCUGGCGCGGUCUACGACACCGGCCUGCGCGUCACCGACGUCGCCGCAAGCACCUGCGGGGGCGCCUCCUGCUCCGCCACGGACGAGGGCGACGACGCCGAGCAGCUCAGAUGAUACGCAGGCUCCACUGCAUGUCGGAGCAGGAGGUCGAGCCAGUGACCGAUCGAUGGUCCAUCGGAGCCGCCCUGCACGCCGACGGCGCCGCCAAACACGCACAUCUGCACCGGCCGGCCGCCGGAAUAUCGGUCGAUGCUGCAUGUACACUGUACAGAGACGUGUACAUCGCAGCGCACGACAUGCAUGCAUGUGUGCACGGUCGACGACGAGUCCCGCUCUAAAGAGAGGAGGUUGGAGCGUAGCUUCACGUGUGGAGAAGAACAUGUAGAUGACUCUGUUCUGGUCUUGGAAUCACAUGACAGCACUACUGUUUUGGCUGCUCGUCCUCUUCCUCUUUGGCAUAGCAGGGGAGUAUUAUUGUAGGUUGAUUGCAUGGGCUGAUUAAGAUUGAUCCAGUUGCCGACUAAGACUACGUUAACUGUAUUGCAUU